AGCUCGCCGCGCAGGCGCAGUGAGUUCGACUCGCCAUGCCGACUGUCAGCGUGAAGCGUGAUCUGCUCUUCCAAGCCCUGGGCCGCACCUACACUGACGAAGAAUUUGACGAACUAUGUUUUGAAUUUGGUCUGGAACUUGAUGAAAUUACAUCUGAGAAGGAAAUAAUCAGUAAAGAACAAGGUACUGUAAAGGCAGCAGGAGCCUCCGAUGUUGUUCUUUACAAAAUUGACGUCCCUGCCAAUAGAUAUGAUCUCCUGUGUCUGGAAGGAUUGGUUCGAGGACUUCAGGUCUUCAAAGAAAGGAUAAAGGCUCCAGUGUAUAAACGGGUAAUGCCUGAUGGAAAAAUCCAGAAAUUGAUUAUCACAGAAGAGACAGCUAAGAUACGUCCUUUUGCGGUAGCAGCAGUUCUCCGUAAUAUAAAGUUUACUAAAGAUCGAUAUGAUAGCUUCAUUGAACUUCAGGAAAAAUUACAUCAGAAUAUUUGCAGGAAAAGAGCGUUGGUUGCUAUUGGCACCCAUGAUUUGGACACUUUGUCAGGCCCAUUUACUUAUACUGCAAAACGUCCUUCAGAUAUCAAAUUCAAGCCUCUAAAUAAGACCAAGGAGUAUACAGCCUGUGAACUGAUGAACAUAUACAAGACUGAUAAUCACCUUAAACAUUAUUUACAUAUCAUUGAAAACAAACCCCUGUAUCCAGUUAUCUAUGAUAGCAAUGGUGUCAUCCUUUCAAUGCCUCCCAUCAUCAAUGGGGAUCAUUCCAGAAUAACAGUAAAUACUAGAAAUAUUUUUAUUGAAUGCACAGGAACUGACUUUACUAAGGCAAAAAUAGUUCUUGAUAUUAUUGUCACCAUGUUCAGUGAAUACUGUGAGAAUCAAUUUACGGUCGAAGCUGCUGAGGUGGUUUUUCCUAAUGGAAAAUCAUCUACCUUUCCAGAAUUAGCUUACCGAAAGGAGAUGGUGAGAGCUGACCUCAUUAACAAAAAAGUUGGAAUCAGAGAAACUCCAGAAAACCUUGCCAAACUUCUGACAAGGAUGUAUUUAAAAUCAGAAGUCAUAGGUGACGGGAAUCAGAUUGAGAUUGAAAUCCCUCCAACCAGAGCUGACAUUAUCCAUGCAUGUGAUAUUGUAGAAGAUGCAGCUAUUGCUUAUGGAUAUAACAACAUUCAGAUGACUCUCCCGAAAACUUACACCAUAGCUAAUCAAUUUCCUCUUAAUAAGCUCACUGAACUUCUCAGAUAUGACAUGGCAGCCGCUGGCUUCACUGAAGUGCUUACCUUUGCCCUGUGCUCCCAAGAAGAUAUUGCUGAUAAACUUGGUCUGGAUAUCUCUGCAACAAAGGCAGUCCACAUAAGUAAUCCUAAAACAGCUGAAUUUCAGGUGGCACGCACUACCCUUCUUCCUGGCCUCCUGAAGACCAUAGCAGCAAAUCGUAAGAUGCCCCUUCCUCUGAAACUGUUUGAAAUCUCCGACAUUGUAAUAAAAGAUUCUGAUACAGAUGUAGGCGCAAAAAACUACCGGCAUCUCUGUGCUGUUUAUUACAACAAGAAUCCUGGGUUUGAGAUCAUUCAUGGGCUGCUGGACAGAAUUAUGCAGUUGCUCGAUGUGCCUCCUGGUGAAGACAAGGGGGGAUAUGUGAUCAAAGCAUCGGAAGGGCCUGCUUUCUUCCCCGGGCGAUGUGCAGAGAUCUUUGCCAGGGGUCAAAGUGUUGGGAAGCUUGGGGUCCUUCAUCCUGACGUUAUCACCAAGUUUGAGCUGACCAUGCCCUGCUCCUCACUAGAAAUCAAUAUUGGACCCUUUUUGUGAAGAUUGGUCUCUGUGGUGUGAUUCUCUUCCCAAAUGUCCAUUUCUCCUCCCCUAGUGUCCUUUAGUCCUCCACAGGGAACAUCUAUGUGGGCUUUAAUGUUUAAUAAAGUAGAAAGCACUGUC